UAGCUCGAGGCUGACGGAAAAGGUUUAUCCGCCUGUGUUAGGCAUAGAAAGUAAGAAUAUGUUAUGUACCUGUGAUAUAUGACUUUAUGGGACAGCUUUCUUUUUGGUCUUCUGGUAGAAAGACAUGACAUGAAUACCCUGAGCUUGCCCCUACCCAUCCGCCGCGGGGGCUCUGACACCAACCUCAACUUCGAYGUCCCAGACGGGGUUCUAGAGUUCCACAAAGUCAAGCUCAGYGCAGAUAGCUUGAAACAGAAGAUCCUCAAGGUCACGGAGCAAAUCAAAGUCGAGCAAACAGCUCGAGAUGGGAACGUGGCCGAGUAUCUGAAACUUGUGAACAGCGCCGACAAGCAGCAGGCUGGGCGCAUCAAACAAGUCUUUGAGAAAAAGAACCAGAAGUCUGCCCACUGCAUUGCCCAGCUGCAGAAGAARUUGGAGCAGUAUCACAAAAAGCUGAAAGAUAUUGAACAAAAUGGGUCCUCCAGAAGUACRAAGGAUACUUCCAAGGAUAACUUGAAGGAUGCUCAGCAUGGAAAGCUUCGUACGUCUGGGCACGGGACUGAGAGCAGCAAGUCAGGGGUGCCGGGCGUCUCCUUGACGCCGCCCGUCUUUGUUUUCAGCAAGUCUAAGGAGUUUGCAAACUUGAUUCGAAACAAAUUUGGCAGUGCAGACAACAUCGCUCACCUCAAAAAUACCCUGGAUGAAUUUCGGCCGGAAAGCAGUUCUAGAGCAUACGGYGGCAGCACUACCAUCGUGGCCAAGCCGAAAUACGUCAGCGAUGACGAAUGCUCGAGCGGUACCUCUGGCUCUGCGGAUAGCAAUGGGAAUACUUCCUUCGGAGCUGCUGUGGCAGGCACCCUGGACAGCCAAGGGAAACUUUCCAUGAUUUUGGAGGAACUAAGAGAAAUUAAGGAGACACAGUCCCAAUUAGCUGACGAUAUUGAAAAUUUAAAAACGCAGUUUAAAAGAGACUAUGGCUUUAUUUCUCAGAUGCUACGGGAGGAAAGGUACAGAUACGAAAGAUUGGAAGACCAGCUGAAUGAUCUGACUGACCUGCAUCAACAUGAGACAGCCAACUUGAAACAAGAGCUAGCCAGCAUAGAGGAGAAAGUGGCAUAUCAGGCGUGUGAGCGAUCACGGGAUGUUCAGGAAGCCUUGGAAUCGUGCCAGACGCGGGUUUCCAAGCUGGAGCUCCAUCAGCAAGAGCAGCAAGCGCAGCAGUCUGAAACGGUUAAUGCCAAAGUGCUCCUGGGGAAAUGCAUAAAUGUUAUCCUGGCCUUCAUGACUGUCAUCUUAGUGUGUGUCUCCACUAUUGCAAAGUUCAUUGCUCCUAUGAUGAAGAGCCGUUUCCAUAUCAUCUGCACUUUUUUUGCAGUGACGCUGUUGGCAAUAUUUUGUAAAAACUGGGAUCAUAUCAUUUGUGCCAUAGAACGGAUGAUUAUACCAAGAUGAAGCUACUGGUCUGGCUGUUUUGUUGUACUUUUCUUCCCCUCCUCCCCUGUUUUCUAAGAAGUGCUGUGCAUAUACAAGCUGGUUUUGCUUUUGUCUGUUUAAAUGUGCAGACUGGAUGAAGAGCGCUGCAAAGCCGUGGACUUUAAGGUGGAAAUACAUAAACAUAUACUUGGCAGACAGUUAYCUGUUCAACUAGAUUGUUUCCAAUGGGCUUUGUCUGUGAUUAACUGCUCAUUUUUGUCCUUCUUCUGCCUUAAUCCAACUGUUUUUCCMCUUUAGAAACCUAUAACCACAAAAAGCGUGGUACCUGGGGAGGGGCCUGGAAGUAUAAAGUGUGCUUUUCACUGGAACAGGGAGAAGAGAUUAUGAUCAGGAGGGAGCACAUUAUGAAAGUGUGUCAGCCCUGUGAGAGAAAUGAAGUAAUCUUCUCUGAAGCCAGUUAGAAUGACAAGACCAAUUAGUCACCUGUAUUAAUAUUUCCUGAUUCUAAAUUAUUAGAUGUCUGUAUAUGGGGAUUCUAGUUUUCAGCAGAACUUGAUGCUUGUGCUGGGAACCCUUUGCACAGAAAACUUAAUUUUCAAAAUCUAGGCCAGUUAUGAGUGCAGACCACAGUUACUGUUCUGUCCUGGCACUCUUCUGUGUCGCGCUCAGGAAACACACAUACGUGGCAUGAAGCUUCCAGCGAGGAGGAACCCAAUGGCAAGAUCUCCAGGCUGCUUUGCUGAAGGAUUAAGGAAGGGAUUCAGGAAGGGAGCCUCAAKCUUCAAGCACUGCAGCCUGCAAGGGGAAGGCAGCGCAUGCGGGAAGGCAACGCUCAGGUCGGUCUUUGUGUGCACCGACUUGCUGGGAUUCUCUAAUGAAUGCAGAGCAGCCCCGUGGUGGGACUCCAGAUAGAGUGGAUUUCUCUUCUUGUGACACAUUAAGGGUGUUCCACGUGUGACGGAACAGAUCCUUGAACAAGGGAUUCAACGUGUGUACGUACUAAAACACUGUGCAGACUCUCUUGACAAAUGUAAUGAAAAUAAUGUGUUACAGUACAGUCCACUACUAGGAGACAGGGUUGGUUUUGUUGAUAGAAUUUAUUUUACUUGAUCAAACAGCGACUAAAAACUUUCCUUGAAAUCCUUUGCC